GCUCUACAAAUUACUGCUUCCGGUCUCCGGUCUUACUGUAGGGAAAAUGGCGGCUUUCGGACGUUUCUCUCAGAUGUUGUGGAGGUCUUCUUUGACCCAAACCCGGCGUCAGCUAUCUGCUGCCGCCGCUGCCGGUGGACAUGGCGAGCAGUCAGCUAAAACAUGGAAGAUCCUCUCCUUUGUGGUUGCCCUGCCUGCUGUCGCCGUGUGCAUGUUGAACACCUUCUUGAAAGAGAAGGAACACAGCCAUCAUGAGCAACUAGAGUUUGUCCCAUACACUCACCUUCGCAUUCGCACCAAGCGUUUCCCCUGGGGAGAUGGCAACAAAACCCUUUUCCACAACACACAUGUGAAUGCCCUUCCGGAUGGCUAUGAGGGGCAUGAUGAGUAAACCCAGACCUCAGCACUGUCCUUCUGCUAAUGUUACAGGACCACACUCCUGUUUACAGUUUAUUCUCUGGAGUUUAAAUCGUUUAUACCUCUGUGCUCUUGACAUGGGGCACCUAAACCAAUAAUUCCUUUGUUCUGGACCAUUAAACAAAAUGUCAGCUUGAACUUAAGAUUAAUAAAAUAAAUAUUACUUCUGCUGAUUUGUA